AUGAACUAACCCAACAAUUCAGUCGUAUAAGAACUGACCUGUUCUUCUUACACUUCGUUCUACCAUUCGUCACUUUUUGCUUUUCCAAUAAUCCUACUUAAUUUGACCGUCUUUGUUUGCCAGGGAAGUUGCCUGGAAAAGUGGUUCCUUCCUGGUAGUAAAAGUGAAGUGAAUGCAAUUUUCAGGGGAAAAACAUUUAAUUAUCCUGUAAGCAUUUGGUUUUCAAGUAAUCUUUUGAGAGGAAUACUAGAAAACAGAAAAUUUUCCCUGUUCACUUUUUCUUGUUUGCCAUUCUAUUUGUAUUAGUUUUGGAUAUGGAGUGGAUGAAACUCUUAUAUAAGGAGAGAGAGUUUUAUUUGAUGAUGUCUGCAUAACAAUAUUUCUAUAGAAAGGAAUUCAAAGUCAGAGAGUUCUUGAAAAAAAGUGAUCAAUGGAUUCUGCCGUCUUAUUUAUUCUUUUCUUCUCUUCCAUGUUUCUGAGCAUCCAAGCUUUUCAAGCCAACUGCCUCAUUCUCAAGUGCGGGGAUGGUGCUCCUGAUAUUCGUUUUCCUUUCCGGCUAUCAGGCCGGCAGCCCCAUCACUGUGGUCGCCCUGCUUUUGAACUUUCUUGCAAAGACAACACCACCAUGAUUCGCUUUCCAAGUUACGGAGAAUUGGUUGUGAAAUCCAUCUCCUACGAUGUCAGAAAACUCCAUCUUCUUGAUCCCAAGAACUGUGUUCAUCAAGUGUUUCUUAAUCUUAAUCUCUCACACACUCCAUUCAGAUACUACUAUGUUAUCAAGAACUACACAUACCUCAAUUGUUCAACUAGGCUUCCACCUUCUUUUUCAGAGGUUACAUGCUUAAGUGAUUCUAGGCAUCAUGUUUACACUGUAGAAUCUUCUUUGGUCCUGCCAGAAUCCUGUAGGCCAGUGAAAACUGUUGCCAUUCCAUUUUCAUAUAGUCCUUAUCUUGCUGAUAACAGUUUUGGCCUUGGGUUAACUUGGAGCUCUCCUGGAUCUGAUGAAGAUUGUGAAGCAAAAGGAGGUCAGUGCAAACUCCAAACAGGAUAUUCCACCACAAAACCGGAAAAAGGCUUUCCAAUCAAGUACUUGAAUUUAGGUGAUAUCUCUUCCAAGUUCUUGAUGGUUCUGUUAUGUAUCUUGGCAGUGGUACUGCUAAUAAGCAUAAAGAUGUAUCAUUCAAAGAAAGUGGAUAUGCAGCUUGAAAAUGAGAAUCUGCUUGAGGUUUUGAGAUGCUACAAAGCUCAAGAAAACAUGUAAUUAUGAAGAAGUAUCAUGUAAACAGAGGAGAGAAAUCCACUUGUAAUUAUCCCUCACAAAAAUAACAAAAAAUGCAUGCAAGUAGGAGGGGUAUUGUCGUUGGUAUCUUUUAAGGCAGGUUUGCCCCAUUCUGUGUUUAGCAGCAAAAUGGAAGGGGAAUAACCUGGAAUAAAAAUUUUGUACUUAGAACUAUGUAAUUCUAUUCCAUUUGGGUUUUAACUUUUUUUCCUCUUAAUUAUUAAAAAAUUCGAAAGUUUGCGCACAA